AUGCCGCUCCGCAAAAGCGCCCGUGGUCCCCGGUCCAGCACCACUCCGUACGCUUCACCAACCGGCACGCCCAGCGAUUCAGCGAAAGAGAAGCACCAGCGAUCAAUCAUAGAGUGGACUGAACCUGCGAUCCAAAAUCCAACGCCAUCGUUCGAAGAGCAUGGCUUUGCUCGCCAUGGUGUCCUAGAGCAAAUGGGGGCGUUGGGAAUGCCUCCUUCCUCGAAGGUCAAGCAGCGCACGCGCGCGAUGGGUGGCGAUACAGCUGCGCGAAAGUCUCUAGCGGGGAAGGGCAACAUCUGCAGUGACGAGGUUGGGUCAACGCCUGAGGUUACUCCGGCUCCUGAGCUCGAGCCGGAUGACUCGGAGAGGCAAGAGGAGGAAGAGCUGCCACUGGAACUUCUGCCACAAGACGAGGACGAAGAUGACGAUUACGUGCCCAGCAAAACAAAGAAAAAGAUGCCGGCAUCGAAAACGCCUGUCAGGGGCAAAACACCAGUGCAGGGAAAGACACCUGUCCAAGCGGGAACACCAGUCAAAGCUGACACGCCUAAAGCCGCAUCAACCCCUACGAGUCCGGCAGUGCAAACUGUAGAGAAACCGCGGGAUAGCGAGACUACACAACGCGCGAAAAUUGCCCUACUGGCGGCAGCAGAGUCGGCUCACCGCAAUCGUAAGCCACGUCUCGGUGAGGCGCUGAAGCAGCUGAUGAGGAUGAGCUCGAGCGACCCCAGCAUUGCGUACGUGGUUGAUGCAGUCGUUCAUCAGCACCAGACCACUGAGCAGUGGAGUACGUUCCGCGAAAACAUCAAGGCACUGAAGAAAUCCGUGAAAUGCGAGGCCAAAAAGAAGCGAAAGCAUGAUCAGCGCAACGGUUCUCUUGUCGAUUCGCCAAGAAUAAGUCAACAGCCUUCUCCGCGACCUAGCAGCGAGGUGGCUCCUAACGAUUCAGUCUCCUUCGAUCAUGAUAAUGAAGAAGGUACUCAUGUUAUGCGGUCAACAGAUUGUACGAUGGAGGACGCAUACCCAGCCGCGGCCUCAACGGCCCAAGCGUUGCCUUCACCACACCCGCUCAGCACAGCCCCAGCUCUAUCUGCAGUUGAACCUUCGGUUGAGACUGCACCACAAAUGCCUUCAAAGUCACCUCGGAAGAAGCAUGUCUCAAACGACUAUUUAGCACCUGGAAGCGAGAUGGAUGUUGAUGGCGGGGCGUCUUCUGCGGCCCCAACUCCAACAGGGAACACGCCUGAUGCAGGCGAUGGAAGUGAUUCUGAACUGUCAGAUGUCAACGAAGAGAUUGUCCAGAAAGGCCCGCCGACGCCCGCACAGUCGAAAGAGAAGUUUUCGACGCCAGCGCCUGCUGCAGCUGUGAAGAAGGGUAAGAACGCUGCUGUGGCUCGUGCUGGAAAGAAGCACGCAAACAAAGGAAAGCUAUUUGGGAAACAUGCACACAAGCAACAACCCGCAACCGCUGAGCAGAUUGAAGAUCUUGAACAGGUCUACCAAAUGCGAAAGGAGAUGGCAGAUGCUCAGCCGCUGCGCCAGUUCGAGCUCCCCUUCCCUCAAUCUGAUGUUCGUUUCGAUGACGAGAUCUUGGAAACCGAGUCUUUGACCGAGUCCAUGAUUGCAGUUGGGCCGCCGGUGGACUCUGAUCAGCCACGACGUGCUGGUCGGAUGCCACACGGCGCGAAGCGUUUGCGCGAGGACAUGUCACGGUUUUCCUCACCUCAGCUGGAGUCAGCGGCUGUCUCACGACCCUCAACGCCUGCGGUCCAGCCAGCCAUCAAGCGGCUCAAGCUGAACAAUGGCCAAGCUGCCAGAACAAAGCGAUCGCCCGUUAAGAAUCGGGACGGUGGACCUAUUGCUGGUGUAGCAUUCAAUGGUGGUGGCGGUUCGAGACAGCUGGGGCCUGAUGACAACGAUCCAGUAAGUUCCACUCAUUUUCCCGAAGCAUCCAACCACACCAUUCCUCCUUCACCAACACACUCACCGACCUCGAAUAUCAACCAUUUUCAUCUUCUGCUUCAAAUGCGGGUCGACACGAAAACCACGUCACUUCAGUUCCCCUUUUCGCCUCCAAAUUCGGUUUUGUCGUCGCCUCUAACAGAAUGUCAGAACUCGCCGCAGUCAGAGAGUGACGACCUCUGCUCUGCUUGCAGAGGCACAGGCGAAUUUGUGUGCUGCGAAGGCUGCCCACGCGUUUUCCACCUUCUCUGCUGCGACCCACCACGCGUGCAGGUCCCAGAAGGGUCGUUCUAUUGUUAUGAGUGUACCGCCAGGUUGAGUGCACCUGACGAUACCGCUAUCGAGACCUACCCAAGUCUUGGAUUACUCUUCAAGGCUCUUGAGCGUACGAACCCGCGCGCCUUUGCCCUGCCACAGGAAGUACAGAACCACUUUGAAGAUGUGUCUGCACGGGGAGAUGGAUCGUACUUUGAGGAGAUGAAGAAGUUUCCACUUGCAAAAAGCAGUGGCUACGGCUACCAGAGACCCGACUAUACCAAAGUACUCGAUGGUGACAAGCCCAUCCUGUGCGUCCAGUGUGGUGUUUCGAGCGGCAACAAGCGACAGAUGCUCAAGUGCGACUUUUGUAAUGCGUAUUGGCACCUGGACUGUGUCGAUCCACCCCUCGCUAACCCCCCACAUAUCAGCCUUGAGGCAUCACAACGCGAUGCCUGGAGGUGUCCACGUCACAUUGAGCACGACCUUCGCAGCGGAUUGUUGAUGCAGAACGACCUCAACGGGGCAUAUGAUGAUGCUGAGAUGAGUGAUGCCACUUUUACCCGAGUCCCACGUAAGAUCCGGAGGCGCAAGAACCCUGAGAUUGUUGAGCCAACCUUUUCUCGCGGCAUGCGAAACAACGGGCUGAUCGACAUUGUCAACGAUCCCGAUGAUGACACUGAUGGCGAAGGCAACUACACUGGCUUCGAGGUCAAGGACGUCAACUCCAAGGUCUAUCGCGUGCCUGAGCGAGGAUUGAUCGUUGACUUCCUAAGCAAGGUCAAGAGUCGCAAGGUUGCGAGGAAUCACGCAGUACAGAACAACGCAUACAUUGCUGCCCAGCGCAAGGCAUCGAUGCAGAACUUCAUGACUCAUUCAUUCCAACAACAACAGGCAGCACUCAACCUGACACGUCUUGCAAAGAAAGAGCAGGACAUUGGCCUGAGCGAAGGCACAAUUGACAGUCUCGUCCUCACGCUCACUGCCGAAGCUCCUGAGGAGGUCGUUGCCUCCAUGGACAAUUCUGCCCUUCCGCCUGUGGCUGCUGAUGAGCGUGCGCAGCUCUUGAAGCUACAGGAACUCAUUCAGCGUCGCCUCAACGCAUCCUGA